UUGCUUAUAUGCAACGCUAACUUCUGUUUUCUACAUUUAACGAGCCUGUAACAGAAUGGCCAGCGGUGACAUUAGUGUGGAGGUGAGGGGGAAAGUGGCAAUAGUGUCCAUGGACCGGGGAGAGAACAGACUCAACCUCAAAUUUCUGGCCGAUCUGAAUGCAGCACUUGACAAGGUGCUCAGUAACCCAGAUGUCCAAGCCGUGGUCACCACAGGAGUGGGGAAGUUCUACUCCAACGGGAUAGACCUGGACUGGCUGUUACCACAGGGACUUGACGUUCAGCGUCAGUUUCUGGAUAAAUUCGGAGAAACGAAGAUGAGGAUCCUCACAUUUCCCAUUCCUACAAUCGCUGCCAUCAAUGGACACUGUAUUGCAGGUGGUUGCCUGUUAGCUAUAUGCCAUGACUACAGAGUGAUGCGGUCCAAGCGAGGCUGGCUCUCCAUGCCUGAAAUACACAUCAAGCUGCGCUUUGACCCUGCCAUGGUGGCUUUGCUCAAGAGAAGACUGCCUGACGGUGAUGUUCAGAGAGACCUCCUGUUGUUUGGAAGGAGGUUCCCAGGUGAGGAGUGUGCCAGGAGGGGAGUGGUGGAUGCCGUGUGUGAGGUGGAGGAACUUGUGGACCAAGCUGUCAGGAUGGCCAAUAAGUGUGUAGGAAAGGAUGGCUUUGACCGGCCCAUGAUGAAGGCCAUGAAGGAAGAUGUGUACAAGGAGGUGAUGGAGGUGUAUGAGAAGGAAACCAAGUCUGGACGGGACCUCGUCAGGGAUAGGAGGCCACAGGCAAAGCUAUGAUGGGACACCCCACAGCAAUAUACUACCUUUCCUUUUUAGAACCAAGAUCAAGUUGAUGUACACUGAAGAUGUAAAUAUAAUUUAGAACUACAAUAGUUACAAUUCCAUUGUUGUUUUGAAAAAGAACAUGUAACUUAUCAACAGGAUUAUAUUUAGAAUGGGCAGUUAAGGAUAAAGUUAGGAGUCAACAUGCAGCAUUGAAGGAGUCAACAAGCUUGAAUGAUGCCAUAUGUAUACAGUAAUGUCUUGAGAGUAUAUUCAAAUUCUGUCUAAUACAUGUGUUGAUGUUUAUAAUACAAAAACACAUUGCAUCAUUAUUUUUACUAUGAGUAUUUCAA